AUGUCUCGCAACUUCCGACAGAAAAGCGCCUCCUCGCCGGCACAGAAGGUGUCCAGUCGAGGAAAGCAAAAUAUCGAAGAAUCUUCCGAUGAUGACUAUGGCGGGGUGGAUCAGAUCAGCGACUCUGAAGAGGACGAGCCAGAUGUCGAGGUGGUCGAGGAGCAAGCUAUCAUCGAGUCUGAAGAUGACCAAAGCACUCCUCGACCUUUCCAAGACGAAGACGAACAGCAAUGGGAGGGUUUCGAAUUUCACGGCCAGGAAGAAAUUAUGGGCCAAGAUACUGCCUUUUUCGAGGAACAGCUGCUAGCACUUGCCAACGCCUCCAACAGCGACCUCUUUCACAAUGCGUCAGAGGAUGAAGCCAUUUCUACACGACGAGUUCGAUUCAACCUUUCAGAUGAUGAUACCGGCGAGGAUGAGGACGACGGUUUCUUUCCCGACAUCUUCCUACCCAAGGACGAACUUGAUGCCAGCUUCCGCCGGGAGGUUGACCGAGACAAGGGUGAAGAGAUGAUGUCUGACGGCUCCUGGGAAUUCCAUGAUCAUGAACUUGCCGAAGAAGAAAUUGCCAAGGCCAUUGAAGAGAAUGAAGACGAAGAGGAUACUGAUAGUGACGAUGUCGACGAAGAUUCCAGUGGCUACGAUAUUCCAGGCGAUGAAUCAGGGUAUACUACUGAUGAAGAUUUGCCCACAGCUAUCCAAUUCGCUCCACCCAGGGCUCUGCACCGCGAACCCUCCCAAGCUUCUCAGUCGUCUGCAGAAGAAGAAAUUCAGCGGACUCCAGUGAGGAGACUGCCGAAGCUUGGUGUCUGGAAGGUGGGAAACAAACCUUACAUCAUUGCACAGAACCAAGUGAAGCUUUUCAUGUUCAAUCGAAGGAAUAUGCAGCGUCGUUUCAGUUUCGACGCUAUGGCACCUACUCCUGUCCCCACGCCAUCACGAAACAACAGCAUUGUCGAUUCCUCCCCCAUGAUCAGCAACUCUGGUAACAUUAUGAUGAGCGCUAUGGCCAACUUUGGCGAUCCGUUCACCUUCGGCAAUCAAUUUCUAGGCGGACAAGCUCUCGGACCACCAGAGGCCUUCUAUCCUUUCACCAGUAUCGAUGCCAAUGGAAACAUGGCGCAAGAUAGCUCCUCUGUGUACGAUGAAGAUGAUCUGGAUGCAGGCGAUAUGUCCGACUUGAAUGAGUUCUUUUCUUUCGAUGCUGCGGAGGUAGAGGAUGAGAAGGGCGAAGAUAACGAACCGUCGAGCGAUUCUCCAGGUGGCGACAUUGACGCCUCAUCGACACCUGCACGACCUACCACUGCCAGAUCUGAAGAUCAGGUCCAUCCUCUCCUGGAUCACUUCGACAAGGGUGUUGUUGGCUCGUUCAGACGCAACCAAAAUCGGCAUCAACUUCUCACUCGAAAUAUUGCUUCUCGAGACUCCCUCGCAUUCGGCGGUUCCCAUCUCGAUGGUACAAUCCGCGGUGUCAAAUCUGGGCGUCUUCAUCAUGCCAAUACCCCAAUCACACCGGCCCGCAAAGCCAAAAACCUGAAGCCUAUGGUUCCGUCCAGCCCUGCCAGCCCACUGGCCCAGUUGAACAGGAAGCGCAAAUAUAACGGUGAAGAGUUCAAUGGCCACAAGCGCAACAAGAGCCUGAUCUAA